ACGAAGAAACGACGUUAGAAGAAGUUGUGUCGGAAUUUUUUAUUUUUUUGUGUCAUUAACGUUGGGAAAUUUUUUUAAUUUUUUUCUUAACAAUAAAAAAAAACAACAAAAUUUUCUAUUCUCAUUAAUAAAAAAGGAAUAUUUCGAAAAUAUUAGUAAUAUAUUGAAAAUUUAUUGGUGAAAUGCUAUAGUACAGAAAACAGCAGAAAAAAAUUAACACAUACAUACAUAGAAAGUAUAGAAGAAAAGGAACAACAGAUAACACGUCAGUUAACAAGUGCACAGUUAGAGUAAGAGAGACAGAGAGCAAGAGGCGAAGUACGAAAUAAAAGGAAAACGUAAUCAAAACAAGAAAAAAAAUUAUAAAUAAAAGAAAAUAAAUAGAAAUUGCUAAUAACAGUAUACUUUUACAUCAUAAACUUGGCGUUUAAUUAGUGGAACAGAAAAAUUUAUAUAUAUAAAAAAAAACAGAAACAAAAAGGUCGACUGGGCAAUAACAAAAGAAUUAUAGAAUUUUUUUGCAAUUAAAUAAUAAAACUAUAUUAUAUAUAUUGUAAAAUAUAAAAACAUAUAAAACGGAAUAUUUUUAUUGUAAAUACUCGAUUGUACGUGGGAAAAGUAAAAAAAUGGUUAGUAUGGAUGAAACUAAUACAGCAAAUUCAUCCUCGGCAGCUGCGGUAGCUGAUGGAGCUAGUGCUGCUGCUCACACGAAAACCGUUGGUGCGGCGGCACCCAACAUUAAAUCAGCCUCUCAUGUAAAACUUUUGAUUAAAUCAUCUAAUCAACAAUAUGAAGAUCAUGUGAUUGAAAGUGAUUUAUUGUGGACUGUCAAAAGGCUGAAGUCACAUUUGUCGGUGGUAUAUCCUAGCAAACCGCCUGCCGCUGAUCAAAAACUAAUUUACUCUGGCCAACUUUUAAAUGACAAUCUACUCUUAAAGGAUGUUAUACGCAGCUAUAAAGACGUCUAUACACAUAAUCAUAUAAUACACUUGGUUUAUACACCCAAAAAUUUACCCCCUACAACGGCUUCCACAGCUAAUAAAACGAAAACAUCAUCAACAUUAAAUUCAACUAUGACAAAUAGUGCAGGAGUAGCAACAAACAAUAAUAUGUCCACAACAGAUGGUUUACGCCAAAGACACACUGCUGGCAAUAGUAGCAACACACAACAGCAGCAGUCUAAUUCAGCCCAAAUGCAGCAACAACAAUUGCCCUUAUUUCAUCAACAAAUGCAUCCUUACUUUAUGUCACCACAGCUAAUGUCUGCAGCAGCUGGUAUGUCAUGUCCACAGUUUCCUCCAAAUUUAGGCACUGGCUUUGCGGGGCCCUACAAUGUACAGGCCAUGUUAACACAACAGACUGCCAUGUACAACUGGAUGCAACAAGUCUAUUCACAAUAUAUGGAACAGUGUUUAAGAUUAUCAAAUACGGUUGCUGGUAGUAGUGGCACAACCAAUACUAGUUAUCCCUCUGCAUUUCCUACAAUUCCACCAAAUUUUCAAAAUCUAUUUCAACAACAAUUUCCCUCAACUGUGAUGUCUCCUGUAGUUUCAGAAACUACUGCCUCGGCACCAGCUGCCGCAGCAGCAGCAGCAGGAAAUGUAGCUGCCGAUGCUGCACCUGCCGAUAGGCAAGAUCAGCAACAACCAGCGCUGGCGCAAGUUGCUGCUGCACGUUUUCCUAACUUGCCACAAGAGGAACAGGAUAAUCGUGAUUGGCUGGAUAAUUUUUUCUCAAUAACACGUUUGGCAUUGUUCUUGACAUUAUUGUAUUUCAAUUCGUCGCCUCUUAGAUGUUUGGUGGUUGUUAUCAUAGCUGGUGGCAUCUAUUUAUACCACAUCGGAGUUUUUCGUUUACGUCAUGAACGCAACAACAACAACUUGAAUCGUAAUAAUAAUGCAGCUCAAAAUGCUGCUGUAGAUCAGAUACGACAGGGUGUCGAUCAACAACAAAAUGCAGCAGCUGCCCCCGAGGCACAAGAAGUUAAUGAAAAUAACGCCGAAGGCGAACAGCAACAACAGCAGGCUGACACUACAACCGAUACGCCAGAGAAUGCCAAUAAUGAAUCGAUGAUGUCCACAAUACGUACAUUUGUUGUGACAUUUUUCACUUCACUUUUGCCCGAAACGCCGGCGCUUUAAUUUCAUUAAACCUCCAAAAGUUUGGAAGUAAAAAAGAAAGAAGAAAAAGAAAUUGUUAUUUAUUUUAUUGCUUUAAUUCCACACAAAACGCCCUAGUUCCCUCUUAACAAAAAUGAAAUCAAUUAUCUAUACCUUAAUAAUAAUAAUAUGUAUUCCUUCUUAAAUAUUUAUGUUAAUUAUUCUUAUAUUAUAAACAAACACGAUAUAUACAAAUACGAUGAUAAUUGGUCUAUAUAUAUUAGUAUAUUUUAUUUGGUUUUUUUCAAUGGAAACUUUUGUGUUUCUUAAGAUAAGCCAACAGCUGCAAAUAUUAUUAUUAUAAAGCAGUUUUAAAUAUUAAAUUAUUAAUUUCACCUUAGGCGACUUGAUUUUUUUUUAUAGGUUUAUAUUCUUAAGAAUGGAAAAAUACCUUUAUUAGUUAUCUGUACUAAAUUUGGAUUUAUAGGUUUAGUCUAAAUUGUUUGUUUGGUUUAAUUUAAAAGUUAUUAAAUUAAUAAUACUGUGUAUAUUAAAAACGAGAGAGAUAAACAUUAAGCUUUGCUAAAAAAACAAAAAAUUCUAAAACAAAAUGUAUGUUAUUUAAUGCAACUUAAACACAAUUUUUUUCGUUUAAUUUAUAA